AUGGCCACCGAGAAUAUACCUGUCGCCGCAAACGUGCUCGGCACAAUCGGCACGGUGUUCUGGUGCAUCCAACUCGUGCCGCAGAUAUGGCACAAUUGGCGACACAAAAAGACUGAUGGAUUGCCGGCGAGCAUGAUGUUGUUGUGGGCUGUUUGCUCGGUGCCGUUUGGGGUUUAUAUGAUUCUUCAGAAUGUCAAUAUUCCGCUGCAGAUCCAGCCUCAAAUAUUUGGCUUCUUUGGCUUUGUUAGCUGGGGUCAGAUACUUUACUACCACCACGGACAUUCACGGCUAAAAGCUACACUUCUCGUCAUCGGCUCUUGUCUGUUAUGCGCUGGUCUUGAAGUUAUGUUCAUUCUUACGUUACGGAUUCCGUACCGCAAGGGUAUAACUUGGCCAGACCUGAUUUUCGGCGUCAUAGCUGCUAUCAUGCUUGCCGUGGGCUUUGUCCCAUUAUAUUUUGAAGUUUGGAAACGGAGAGGAAGGGUUGCGGGUGUCAAUUGGGUGUUUCUGAGUAUUGACAGCCUCGGAGCUCUCUUCUCACUCUUUGCUCUUGCGGCACAAGGUACAUUUGAUAUACUCGGUGGAAUAUUGUACCUUGUCGUCUUCCUCGCCGAAGUAGGCUUGUUUACGAGCCAUGUAAUAUGGCGUCUUCGUCAUCGCCAAAUUGUCCGCGAGGCCAAAGAAUCCGGUAAGAGUGUUGAGGAGCUGCUAGCUGAGAAGGAAGAUGGCAGAGAUAGGGAAAACAAGACAAAUACCUCGUCUGUGGUACAGACACCAGUCGAACAAGGCGUUACAGACAAUAACGAAACGGUAACGUUGGCAAGAGAAGAGAGAGAUCUUGAGCGCGGUCCGGAUUGA